AUGAAGCGUACUCCAUGUUUAAUCUUCUUACGCCAUUUACGCUUCCUAUUGGUUCGUGCUCCUAAGAACCCUCCGCUGGAAGGGGCUAUACUGGAGCGGUUUGAUAAGGAGGCGGAAGAGUGUGGCUUCUCAAGGCGCGAUUCUAUCGAUGAUAUGAUCUUUAUGGAUAAAACAUUCCACGCGCCAACGAAAAUCGAUGGCGUUUCCAUAGCGGGCCUUCCAUCAGAGCCGAAGUGUGGCAAGGAAUUCGAUGCGUACCGAGGCAGUACAGUGGAUUUCAUUUCUGACGUCGUUCCAUACGAAUCACCUCGCAAGCCUAGUAUCCGAGGUGGUUUUGGUGUGAGGGAGGAUAAACGACUUGGCUUCUUACGCCCACGCAAGUCCCUGCCAAACUUUUCUCAGGACGAUAAACUCACUCCCCUAGGCGAUGAGAACGAUAUGUCGGUCGAUAACCACCUCACUCAAAAGCAGCUCACGAAGAAGCGGAUAGAGUUUAUGAAAAGUUUUCAAGGAAGCGUGGUGAGCCAACGGCAGCACUUCCUUCUCGCUGAUCUCGACUUUGAAAAGGAUAGCAUCCUCUUUGGUAACACUCGCGAGGAGUUUGAGCGAAACGUGGGGCUGCUUAAAAAGGCCAUCCUUACCUACACCAAGUGGGAGCGUACUGACAAUCUCUACUACUACGCCACUCUUUUUCUAAAGAUAUUAACCGCAUGGAUCGCGAUGGAGUGCCUCCAACAGUACUAUGAGCUUCACCAGCUCGCGGCGAAUCUCGAGACCUUCAUCGCAGUCUCCAACGCCGAGGUGGAACGACUUGAGGAGGCGAGGCGCCACGAUCUGGAGUGUGUGGCAAUGCAGCUUCAGUACGAUAAACCAGAUUUCAGCGCGCUCGUGGCGGCGAUCCGGGCGGAGAAGAGGCGAAUGAACGCCGCAGAAACACAGGUGCCACUUCCUUCGAAAGCUCAAGAUGAAAGUGCGUGUUUUAACGAAUGCACCCCAUCUUGUUUGUCGAUAAGCAAGGGGAAUGAUAGCGCUGGUUCCGUGGGAAGGACCGCCGGGGCCGCUGGCCAAGCACGCGAACAGGACGAAUCUCUAGUUCAGGAAGUGAAGUACCCCCCUGAAAAAUCUCAUAGGGUUGAGCGGUUUCAUUCUCUGAGGGCUAUUUGGCGUCGAUUUUUGGGAGUGGGUGAUUUUGGGUCCGAGCCGCUCUCUCGGGAUGACUUCGUGCGUUAUUCGUACGUGGCUAACCCAACUAGUAUCGAAGCGCUGCGUGGUAUUCGGCGAAAAUUGCUCCCGAGAAGCGAGGACUACACACAGAUAGUACGUGAGGAAAUGUUGCAGUAUAAGCGUGAUAAAGAGAGACAUAUCGUGCUCGAGCCAUAA